GGAUUGGAACUUACAAAAUGCAAGCCCAGAGUUGAGCCAUGUGGAGAUUAUGAUACACGACAAACGAAAAAUCCCCCCAGGACUAGGAAGUGCCUGGAAAUUGUACAACAACCAAGGGGUAUGCGAGCACAGCGGUGAACCAUGCAAAGUGUUCUUUUCGGUUGUGCGCUUCGCGGAGGGUCUUUUCGAGGCCCCCGCUGUGUUGCUGCUCGGUCCGGUCCGGUACGGUUCGGUUCUUCUCCUUGGCCGACCGUCAGCGCCCGCGUCUUCACAGCCGUCAUCUCGAGCGGAGAAGGAGACAGCCGCCAUCGCUCUCAUCGGUCAGUCAUCUCGAGAGGAGAAGGAGACAGCCGCCAUCGCUCUCGUCGGUCAGUCAGAUCGAGAGGAAGGAGACAGCCGCCAUCGCUCUCAUCGGUCAGUUGCUGGAAUCCGUCAGUCAAACAGAGGAGCGGUGGUGGUGAUCAGUCAACCAGCCAUGUCGAAGUACGACCUAACGCCCAAGGUGGCGCCAUUCUUGGACCGUCAUUUGGUCUUUCCGCUGCUGGAGUUUUUACAGAAGGAGAAGAUCUUCCCGGUGGACGAUAUAAUGAAGGCGAAGAUCGACUUGCUUGGAAAGACAAACAUGGUUGACUACGCGAUGGAUAUUCACAAGGGUCUUUACAAUACGGAGGAUGUGCCUCAAGAGAUGGUGGAGAGGCGUGUGGAGGUCAUUGGCAAUCUGAAGGCCUUGGAAGAAGCAGCUGCGCCGUUGAUCUCGUUCUUGCAGAACCCAUCUAUGGUCCAGGAACUUCGAUCUGAGAAACAGUACAACCUGCAGAUGUUACAGGAGAGAUAUCAGAUUGGGCCUGAGCAAAUCGAAGGGUUAUAUCAGUAUGCAAAAUUCCAGUUUGACUGCGGUAACUACUCUGCAGCGGCGGACUAUCUCUAUCAAUACCGUGCCCUGUGCACUAACAAUGAUCGGGGUGUCAGCGCAUUGUGGGGUAAAUUCGCGGCGGAAAUCUUGAUGUUGAACUGGGAUGCAGCAAUGGAGGAGAUGAAUCGGCUCAAGGAGGUCAUUGACUCGAAGAGCUUCUCCUCACCUCUUCUCCAGCUGCAGCAGCGGACGUGGUUGAUGCAUUGGAGUUUGUUUGUGUUCUUCAACCAUGAGAAUGGACGGAACGGCAUCAUUGAGCUGUUUUUCCAAGAACGAUACAUGAAUGCCAUCCAGACAAAUGCGCAACAUCUUCUGCGCUACUUGGCAACGGCAGUUAUCGUAAACAAGCGGCGAAGGAACAUGCUGAAGGAUCUCAUCAAAGUGAUUCAGCAGGAGCAUUACACUUAUGCCGACCCAAUCACCGAGUUCCUGGAGUGCUUAUAUGUGAACUAUGAUUUUGAAGGGGCCCAGAAGAAACUCCGCGAAUGUGAAGAGGUCAUAGCGACGGAUUACUUCAUCAGUCCGUUCAGCGAUGAAUUCAUCGAGAAUGCGCGGUUGUUCAUAUUCGAGACGUACUGCCGAAUCCACCAGUGCAUUGACAUAAGGAUGCUCUCUGUGAGGCUCAACAUGAAUGAUGAUGAUGCAGAGAGGUGGAUCCUCAAUCUUAUCCGGAAUGCGAAGCUGGAUGCAAAGAUUGAUGCGAAGGCCGGAACCGUAGUCAUGGGUACUCAGCAUCCCAGCGUGUAUGAGCAGAUCAUUGAGAGAACAAAGGGCCUGUCUAUGAGGAGUUACAUGUUGGCGAACGCGGUUGCGAGUACCGCAGUGCCACCUCAGGCAACAGCAGCGCGUUAGGAGUCAUUUUUUGUUGUGGACAGAGAAGAGAGUAGAGGAAAGGAGAUGAGAGGCAUUAUGCGGUGUCUUUGUAUUCCUGUUGACAAUCACAUUAAUCCGUUUGCGACUUGUAUCCGCUAUGGCUCUUUCUCCCACUGCCCAUUUCUGCUCCUUUCGUUUCCUUUUGGGUUACCUUGCUUUCGUCGAUCGCUUUGAGGUUCCCCGUGUUGCCUGUAUAAGAAGGUAAACUCGUCUUUUCUUUGGUUUGUCGGACCUGUUGUCCGUUUCCCGCUGAAGUGUGCGUGUUGCUUCAUUAGCGACCGAAGCGACUUCUCAGUCACAGAUGGCAUUGCGUUGUGCGCUCCACGUACGCGCUUUCACUGUGUGUGUGUACAUGCCUGUGCAUCUGUGUAGCCAUGUGCUCGUCGCUUAGCAUUUGCAUGUGCUCGUCGCGUGCACCAGGUGUGGUUUGACUGAAAAGUGUGCACGUGCCUGUCGCAUCUGCAUCGCCAGUCCCUGAGCAUUUGCAUUUUUGCAUGCCGUGCGCGCACCAGGUAUGGUUUGACUGAAAGUGUGCAAGUGCCUGGGCAUUUGUUGCAUGUGUUGAGCUUGCAGGGUAUUAUAUCAGGGCAUGAGUGCAACGUAUCUGUAGCGAGGGUUGAACCUAAACUCUUGCUUUCUUGUCUGUUUUUUUUUUUUUUUUUUUUUUUUUUUUUUUUUUUUGUGAGGAGCAGCCCGGCUUUGAACGGAGGGGACCUUGCUUUCUUCUCUUUAGCUUUUGGGACCUUCUUUUCUUUUGCUCUGAGGAAUGGGAGUGGUGGGUGAUGCUGGAGCGGAAAUCUCGUACGUGUAAAUGGGCUGCGAGUGAGCCUUCUGUAAAAGCCGUUAACAGUUUUUCGCG